AUGUCUUGCUGCAUUAGUUCUGCGGUAUGUUGUUCACUUCUCACCGCGUCCAUGUCUGGCGUCGCUCUCGGGUACAACUACUCAUUAGCUGAGUACAUCGACUUAAAAGAAACAAAUGUGUCCGUAUAUUUGAAGCGCGGUAUAUUUGAUGACGAAAUUGCGGAUGAUAUGGAAUGGCGUCGGCGUGGUCACCAACCUGUUGGUGGUCAUAUUGGGGAAAAUAACCUUCUAACAGCAUCUGACGAUUCAUCAACAACGUUGAGGUCAGGGCGUAGGCUUGAUGACUCAAUAUAUGAGUCUAAUGAUCGAAAUAACUUCGAGGGAUCUCUAAUGAGAUUAACAGCAAAGGCUCCUGAUCAUUCCAUUAUUACUACUACUGAUGGAGCGCCAAUACACGAGAUAGGUAGACAAUAUUCCCCGGGUUCCGUCGAUGUACUCAAAGCUGUGCAGGGAGUCAUUAACUCGAAAAAAGCAGAGGCUGCAGCUCGUCGAUUGUAUAAGGAAAAGCAAGAACCAUCUGAGAAACCUAAUUCUAGUGAUCCGAGGCGUGUUAUGAAAUUUGACGUUCCACCAUACGAAGCGCCUUCAAAGCCUAAUUCCGUUCGACUAGCCGUACCAGAGGAUAGAUUCAAUGAGUUAUCGAAAUGGAGGAUUUUAAAACCACCUCAUAUAUCGACACCUAUAAAUGUUUAUUACACAGACAGUGUGUUAGGCUUUACAUAUCCAUCACUUGCAACUCCACGAUCUGGUCCUGUGAGACCAACUAAGUCAAAGCUAAGGCAAAGAACUAGACCUUCACCUUCGAGAGAAUUCCACACACCAUCAAGAACCGUUCAACCUAAGCUACCAAAAUCAAUAGAUGAAGAGAUGGAAUCAUUUAAGGAAAAACUUAUGGACGAUAAAUUUGAUGAGCUCGGAGCUAAUGACGAUGAAUUUUUAAGAAAAAUCAAAACAGGCUUAAGAAAAACUUCAGACGAUUAUGAUGAACAAAUUAAAGGACUACCAUUGCGCAAAAAGAGGCAAAUUAAUAUUUUAGCUAUUUCUAAUAAAAUUAAUACAAAUAAAGAAAUUAUAGAAGACAAUCUUAACAGAGAUUUAACUGUACAGAGCAAAAUUGUAAAUUUAUUGAAAGCGACGACUCUCAGUGCAUCGCGUAUAUUUCCUGACGCAAGCUUUACAGACUCUUCAAGCAUUAAAAUAGAAAAAGAUCGAAACGAAAAAGUUUACUCAAAGCCAUCACGAGGAAUAGCAUCUUCAAAUAAGUUAUUUCGACUAGCUCUUUCCACUAUAAUUGCG